AUGCUACGCAACGUGUCGAGCGACCACGACGGCCAUACUUCCACCUCAUUUGGCAGCCGCAUUGCUCGCUAUCGCAGACCCAGCAAUGCCUCGUCGUCGACAUCCUCGCCAUCCCCGUAUCCUUCACCCUCUCCGCGCGAGUACGAGUUCCAUUCCCCGCACUCCUCCAAGCACACCUACUUAUCUCCCGAAGAGAGGCGCUACAAUGCUCAAGCCGCGUGGUCCGAUCCUGCUGCAUCUCCACGUUCCAGCAAUGCCGUCUCCCCUAACAUCAAUUAUGAUCGCGAACUCCCGCAAUUGCCGCCAGAUGCGCUGUUGCAUGUCGAUUCCAACCAGCUAGCUUCGAGAGACUCGGCACGCACCGACGACGAAGUGCGCUCACGACAUUUCUCCCAUUAUGAAUCCUUCACCACAACUUCAAGUCCCACUGUUCUCAAGGCAGAAGGCGGCAGUAGCAACUACUCGGCAGCACUUCGCUUUGCCACUGCCUCAACCUCUGCUGCGGUCUCGGCGGCGGGCAGUAGUCUCAAGAAACUCGGAAAGAAGGCGUCUGCAGCUCGCCUGCGUCGAAUGAACACCGCACAGCAGGCUGCCGAACGCGAUGAGACCUAUGCAGCCUUGCGCGGCGCCUAUUCACCCAACAGCGCCACUUCGGAUGUCGCAUCUCUCAACCACACCUCUGACAGCGGCUCGAGUGCGGCUUCUGAAUCUGCACAUGCUCCAAAGCUGCUCAACACCUCACACGCCGCCGCAGACCCUCCGUUUGUCGACUGUGCUGAUCCAGCGAUAGGGCUGCCCUACCAGGUCGCACACAACGUCCACGUCGAUCUCGGUCCACACGGCUAUACUGGCUUACCCUCUUCGUGGGCACAGGUCCUGCUGUCCGAGGGCAUGGGCCACCAGGACAUCUACGACGAUCCUCAAGCCGCAGCCAGGCUGGUGCAAGAGAAGACGGCCGACUUCGUCAAGCACACAGUCGAGAACGGUGGCGAUGCCGACCAUGCACGCCGCAUCUUGUCCAACACCCUGGCGGCCGAUCAUGAUCUUAGCGCCAUCCUAGCCUCUGCUGCACUGUCCCGGCCCGCGCAGUCGCGGCGCGACAGCAUCCAGUCGAGCGCCAGUAGCUCGUACAGCAGCGUCCUUGACAAAGGCUGGGACCUCAGCUCACCGCCCAAAGCAAGAGCCGCCGAUGCUUUCUCGCCGCUGCCAGCAAAGAGCCCGCUCUUGCCCGACUUUGCUGCCGAGGACUAUGACGAAUGGGCCACCUCCCUUCUCAGCUCCAUCCCAUCCGAUGGCAACGAUCCCAAUGGCAAGCAAUCCACUCGCCGAGCUUCACGCCGUCGGUCGAGAUCUCUCAGCAAUACGACUGGGUUCAACUUGCUCAAUGGCCUUGGUAUAGGUAUGUCGGAGCACGACACUCCGCGACGCACAUGUCACCGCGAACGUGACCUCCCCGGCGGCGUCAAUGCCACUCCUAAAGCGUCUCAGCGCAUGCGCGCCUCGAUCGGCCUCGAUGCAGAAGCAGAUCCUGUCCACACGUCGACAACCACAGCUCCGUUGAGCUACAGCAUCGAGGACGAGGUGCAAGAGAAAAUACGCGCAAGCCUUGACAUGUCGCAAAAGGUUAGCAGUGAUCUCGACGACGACGAGGUUCAACACGUCCAGAUCGCGCAAGCUGCCAUAGCCACCAAGGGCGUCUUGAGGCCAGUACGAGCAAGCCAGCUGAGUGCCCGCAAAGCCUCGUCCUCUUCCUCGACUGGUCUCAACUUUGGCAGCCCGCAAUCGAGCCCGAGGACGAGCUUCUCGAACGCACAGGCGCGCCUUCCCCGCUCGCCGCAGCGUCACGACCCUUCUCGCUCCUCUUCACCGCUCUCGGAUACGAAAAUGUCUCGUUGCACAUCUGCCGAGUCUUACACCACCGCUGGUUCGCGUCCCUCGCUCGCUUCCUCGCGUGGAAGUUUCCCUACCGCACCGCCAAAGAUCUUGACCGGAACCGCCUCGACUUACAGUGACCGCGACGCCACAAGCUCGCCCCUCGAGACGACCUCGUCAGGCCACUCAUCGAUGCGCCUGCGAAGCCCAGCUCUGACCGUCUCCACUUCGUCCAUGGGACACGGCAACAAUACGUUCGUUCCGCAUCGUACCUCGCCCUCCCCUAGCCUGUCAGCACGAGACCCUGCUUCACCCGAAGUGUCGUUUAGGGAGCCUGACUGGCGCACUCGCUCUCCAGCUGUCUCUGUCGGCGAGGAAGCAUCUUGGCCAUCCAGCGCACAACACGGAGCUCGGUAUGCAAAGAGAGGUUCUCCGUCCGCAGACAGCGGACAUGCAAUCGGACAUCAGACGCAAGACAGUUGGACCAGCGCGGCUCCUUCCAUCACCUCGUCCGAAGGAAGUCACGGUGUAUCGAGAGGGUUGGGAUUGCGAGAACGCCGGCAAGCUCCUCCGCGGAUCUAUCCGCCGUCGACGUCAACGAGAUGGGCUCAUAUCGGCCAUCAGGACGAUGCACUCAGUCCUGCAGGUUCGACUGCCUCGAGCCGGCGUACGCAACCGUCGCCCAUCGUGCAAGUGCCUAUGCAGAGGAAAGCGUCUGCUGAGAGUCUUUCUCAAAUGGAUCGCAGUCCCAUGAGCAAUGAGCAUACAUCCUUUCGCGACUCGUUAGGCCCUCCGCCCCCUCCACCUCCCAAGCCGACGGCGGUGGUAAGAAAGCAGCCAGAAUACAUUCUACCGGGAGCCGAUGGCUUCUACACGAUGCCUUCGACCGCUGGUGCUGCGGUGGGCGGUGCUGGUGACCGUCUUCGACCUCCGCCACUGUCGCCGGCACUUUCUCCGGCUUCGUCUGCGGAGGCGGAGGCAUCCGACUACCAUUCUGCCAUUGAAGACUGGAUGAAGGACGAGUAUUCGGAUCGUUCGCCUGCAACUACGACAUUCUCAGAGGCUUCACCAAGCUUGUCGAGCAGCAGCCGCGACUCGCCGCUGCCACCGCUACCCAAAGAAGAGCUGGAGCCGGAAGAAAUCAACAAUGCCUAUCCUCACACAUCGUCGUACCUGCCCCAUGCAGAUCCGAUCUCAGGUAACGCGAACCAGGUAGCCGAGCGCCCUCCUACGUCCGUCCUUCCGCCUCGGCUCGAGCUGAGCGACGCAGUCACGAGGAUUGCUAGCUUUCAAGCGACAUAUCCGCUACCGCCGUCUCCCGGAGAGUCUGUGGAGGUGCUCAACGAAGGUGCUACUGCAUCGGACCAAGCUGCACCUCUUCAUCUGGACGACUCGAGGGGCGCAUCAUCUGGCCGCGGAAGGGACAAGAAAGGCAGGAGCAACGCCAAAGGGGACCGAUCUCGCGACUGCGGCGUCGAUCGUGGCGAUAUACGGUCGAUCGUUUCGUCUCGAUCGAUCAUUUCCAUCGGCCCACGCGCGCAAGACGACGCUCGUCGCUUUCCGGUCUCGAUGCAUUAUGCCAGCGGAUUCGACACGUCGUCGAUGCUUGGGGAUGACUCGGAAGCGAUACAAUCGUUCCGCGAACUGAUGCUUGCUCGUCAAUCGAUGGACUUGGAGGAAAUGUUGCCGAUGCAGAUGGGUUCAGGGUCUGCACCACCUGUGCCGGCAUUGCCAAGCAUGAAAGAGCUCGAAGCCAAGGUAGCUGCAGCAAAUCAAAUGCGCACGCACGACGCCCAUCAAGAAAAGACUGUGGAACCAAACACGGAGCUGACGUCUGCACGCCGUCAGGCCACUCCAUCGGUAGUGGGGAACACUGCUCACGCCACGGCCGCAUCGCCAAGCCUUUCGGAGCACGAGUUGGCAUCUACCGUAGAUGCACUUCCUCCCAAGCUGGCUCACUUGCGCGACGCGCUGAAUUUACAGCCACUGCGAAAAGAUGUGCUCUGCGAUCUGCGGAUGAUUGGCGACGGCGAGAGCGGACCUGUGUUUGCUGCCAACGACGUGAUCAAGAAACGAGGCGUGGCCAUCAAAAUGGUACGAUUCGCUACCGAUCACGACGAAGAGCCUUCGGCACGUUUGUUGGGCCUGAUCAAAGAAGUGGGUGUGUGGCGACGGUGCCGUCACGUCAACGUUUUGGAUCUGUACUCGCUUGUCGUGGCGGAGGAGGCGAUCUGGAUGGUCCAGGAGCUGGCGGAACGCAGUCUGGCGGAUGUGAUUGCAUGGAAGGACGGCGGUGUGGAUCUCAACGAGUCGCGCAUGAGCCGCAUCAUGGGCGAUUUGCUGGAAGCGCUGCAAUUUUUGCACGGCAAAGGCGUUUUGCAUCGAGAUGUGCGAUCCGACAACGUCAUGAUCUCGAGCACGGGUGUCUGCAAGCUGAGCGAUUUCACGCACGCGGCGGAACUGAGCGCUGGGAAAAGCUCGCGACACUCUGUGGUAGGCACGCCGUACUGGAUGGCGCCAGAGGUGAUCAAGGCCCACGAGUACGACAUGCGAUGCGAUGUGUGGUCGCUGGGCGUGGUACUGUGGGAGAUGAUCGAAGGCGAUCCGCCGCGGGUUGAGUUUCCACCGCUGCGUGCCAUCACGCUGACGGCCAAGCUGGGGCUGCCAGCGUUGCGGGAUGCUUCGUCGCUGUCGCACGAGCUCAAGUCAUUCCUACAUUGGGCGACUGAGAUGGAUGCCGAGAAGCGCCCGAGCGCCGAGAUGCUAGCGAUGAGUGACUUUUUGGCUGAUCCGUGCAGCCGUGCGAGCAUCGUGGGCAUGCUGGAAGAGACGCGUAACGCCGAGAUGGAGGCUGCCAGGCAGGAGGAGGAGGAGGAAGCGGCGGAUCAUCAGGCCAGCAAAGAGGCGGCCGGAGAUGCGCAUAGCACCGCUGCGUCUUUGCAACACCGACAGAGCUGGAGCAGCGAUUCGACCACCAAAGGCUGA